UCGUGAACGGACGUGUUUUUUGUGCAGUUCUCGUGGAUUAUUUGUAAACAAAAGGACUUUCUUUCGCCGUGAAUCACUGUAUUGGUGUUGUUUACAUACAUUGCCAUUGCGUUUGUGUAGGGGUGUUCGGUCAAGUGCAGUAGCCUACUACUGCGAGGACGGGGGGAAAGAUCAGCAGUACGAAUUUUUUUUUUUUUUGCGGAUGACGUCUCAGCAGUAACAACAACCUUUCGUGAAACAUCAUCGAACGCUCCAUCAUGAACGGCUGGAGCGGCAAGCUGGUGGUAAAUAUUUUGAUACUACUGGCGAUAACCCUAUCUGCGGCGAGAUGCCAGGAGGAAUCUGCGGUAGCGACGGAGCAGACCGAGACUAGUGGUGGUGAUGCUGCUGCUGCAGGCGCUGACAAUGUGAAGGACUAUCUGGCUACCGGGUUGCGUUUAGAACAUGAACUUGUCAAGGAGCAGGCCGACGAACCGUCAACGAAAAGCGGCAGUGGCGAAAGCUUUGUCGCGAUUCACGUAGACGCCCUUGGCACAAAGGAACAGCUGCGACCUUCGCUGCGCGGUCUGUCCUACAUCGCGAUAAGCUUCCUACCCCAAGGAUUCUCCUUGGUCGAGGUCCAGACGGCGACCCGUGAAGUCGUUGCCGGUGUACGGUACGAACUGCUCGCGAAAGCGCUCGACCAAGAUCAGUUGGAAGUGUUGUGCGCCCUCACGGUCCUCGAAAAACCAUGGAUCACGACCGAAAGUGGUGACAAGUAUCGGAUACUUGAGCACUCGAACUGUACCUCACCGUCGGACGAAACGACCACCGUUGAGGUGGUCACCAAACUGAACCCGAUUUACGACCCAAACGUGCGGGCUCAACAGGAGAUGACGCCGUCACGCUUCAAGGAUUUGGUCAACCAAAUCAUCAUUGAGAAGCACGAAGUGAGAGAACACACUACGACAACCGAACCAGCAACAACUCCAGGACUCAGCGAGUCUUCCAAAGAUGCGCUGGAUCAGCUGUUCCUCUUCGGAAGCGAGGCGCAACAGCAACGUCGAGUCGAGACAAGCGCCGACGAACGUCGCCAGGAAGUGAUCGAGGAGGUGAUCGUUCCGAAGCGAGUUGAGCAGCAAAACACCGAAGCGACGACAACCGAAGCAGCGACAGCGACAAACCUUACGCUUGAUCAGCAGGUUCAGUCAACGUUCGAGGAGGUGUUCAAGACUCACCAGGAGAUACAGAAAGCAUUGGAUGAAGUGAUCCAAAGGGGAGGCAAUCGGGAUGCCCAGCUCAAGUACGAACCCGUCUUUGCGGAACUGCUGCAGAAGGUCAAAACCAGCAUCGACAACUACUACCGCACGACGAACCCGGGUGGAGGAGAAGCGAACGUAGACACGACGGCGUUUGUCGUUAGCGACAACGUUGCGACGGUCACCCAUCGCGUGGAAGAGGAUCAGCACAACUCGUCGGAAAGCGACGAAGAUCAACAGGUAAUCCAGCCGGUUCGCGAUCUUGCUCCACCCAAGAUCGAUUCGGUGGUGAUGCACUUUAGCGACGACAGUGACGAUCAGCAGCAGCAGGAAGUUCAACGACCCCAGACGCGGGAAGAAUUGCUGCGAGAGUUCAACGCUGAUGAUUCACAACAGAGGAACAAGCGAGCUCCGCGAUCGAGCUCGCACGAGCACGACGGUCACUAUUCACCGUUCUUCGGAAGCUCUUCCGCGGAGUCCCACGAACACUACGGUCGACCGUACACCGGUUUCAAUCCGUUCCUGAACCCGUACAAUCCGUACAACUACCAGUACAGAAGGAAGCGAUCGGUUGAGGAUUUGGACCUGAACGGGGAAGACCGAAACGAGAUGGAUCACAUGGAGAAGAUCAUUGCGGAGGCGAUCGAGAUGCUGGACACGAUGGAUGCGGAUCAGUUCAAGCGCGUUCUUCUGGACGUUGUCAACGUCAAGCGGAUCAACCAGUUUGGUAGCGCGGUCGAGCAGAAGGGGGAACUGUUUGUGGCCCGUGUCGUGACUGCCAACUCACACUGUAUCGAAGAGGCCGAGGAUGUGGUCAAGUGCAAGCGGCUUCUGAUCGAUGGGAGCAGCAAGUUUUGCACGCUUGAGAUUCGCGUCAAAGAUCAGGAAGUCCGGUUGGUCAAGUCGGAAUGUGCUGCGAACAACGCUCCGGGUGGUCAUCGAGAGGUUGACGUGUCCGAACCGGAGCAUAACGAGCGUAUCCGGAACGGACUGCAGGGAUACAACGAUGGUAGCCUGAAGUCUUCCAAGUUUGUGAUCCGUUGCGGCACGGUCCAGGUGGUAGCCGGUACCAUCUACCGCUACACGGUUGACUUGGUAGAUGAAGACGAUCAGGUGACGGCAAGCUGCAAAGUAAAGAUCUUCUCGCCGCUGCAAGGUGACGAUGAGUACAAGUUCGACUGCCAUGAGGCAGGCAAGACGCGCUCGCGUCGUGACGUGGAAAAAAAGAAGCUAAGCAAGGCACCAAAGACGGGUGGGGCUUUGGAGUUGACCCCGGAGGAGUUCAAUAAACCGGAACACCAGGAGCGCAUCAGUGGAAUCCUUGUGUCCUCGUUGGGUAGCUCGGAGAAAAAGUACCGCAUUGUGGGAGCGACCCAGCAGUUGGUGUCGGGAACUCUUUACACGUACAAGGUCACCUUCAACGACGAUCCGGACAAGCUAGUGUGCAAGCUGACUUCGUAUGAGCGGAUUUGGCUGAAGGAGAAGUCACCGGCAGAAUGGCGCAAGGUGUCGUACUCGUGUCCGGAUGCUCCGACAAAACGCACGAAACGAUUUGCCUGUGCCGGAUGUCCAUCGACGCUGUCCGCUGAAGAACUGAAAAACGAUGAACACCUAGGAAGGAUCAACAAGAUUCUCGUUGGAACAGGCGGUGACGCAAGCAACAAACCGGAGGUCAUUAACGGCACCAGUCAGGUUGUAGCCGGAUCUAAGUACACGUACUUCGUGGCAUUCAAGCAGGACGGUGGUGAUCGUCGAGUCUGCAAGUUUGUUUCCUGGGAAAGACCGUGGUUGGAAGGAGCUGAAGCGUACCAGUACUCGUCGUCGUGUGACGGUCAAGACGAGUCCAACUCUGUCGCUUUGAAGCGAUCGAAGCGCGCUUUCGGCGGAGAACGUCUGCUGACCGAGGAGGAACUUGGCCAAGACGAACACGUCAAGCGAAUCAACAAGAUCCUGGUGGCCAACAGUGCGACGGAACAGCAGACUCCGAAGGUCAUCAAUGGAACGGUUCAAGUGGUUGCUGGACGGUCGUUCACGUACUACAUCUCGUACCCGGUCAACGGCGCCGAUCGAGUGUGCAAGCUGAACGCCUGGGAACGUCCCUGGCUGGAAGAGAAGGAUCCGACACAAGCGUACCAGUACACGUUCAACUGUGACGGAAGCGACGAGAAGACCCGCAAACGUCGUCACGCCAAGAAGGUCGGUACGUCUAAUGAUCUCACGCUGGAUGAUCUGCGGGACGAAAGCCACGUGGAGCGUAUCAGGGCCGGAUUGGUCGCUUACAACACCGAAAAGUCCAAGUCGUACCAGGAUUUCGAGAUUCUUAAAGGCUCCGUACAGCUUGUGGCUGGUUCUCUGUACAAAUACACGUUCAAGAUCAAGGGUGAUCCCAGCGUUGUUUGCAAGAUCUCCGUGUGGGAGCGCGUUUGGAUGGAGGAAAAGGAUCAACGCAAGUACAACGUAAAGUGUGACGGUGACGAAGAACCGGAACAGGAGAACCAACAGCAGCAUACCGUGGCCAAGCGUUCGCUUCGACCGCACCCGAACCUGGAGGCGCAUCACUACUCCAAGAGCGAAGACCACUCGCGUCACCUGUUUGACAAGUUCAAGACUCGGCACAACCGCACCUACCAGAGCUCGCUGGAGCACGAGAUGCGGUUCCGCAUUUUCAAGAACAAUCUGUUCAAGAUCGAACAGCUGAACAAGUACGAGCAGGGUACGGCCAAGUACGGAAUUACGCACUUUGCCGACAUGACCAGUGCGGAGUACCGGGCGCGUACGGGACUGGUGGUACCGCGGGAAGGGGACGAGGUGAACCACAUCCGCAAUCCGGUGGCGGAGAUUGACGAGCACAUGGAACUGCCGGAUGCGUUCGAUUGGAGGGAGCUGGGUGCGGUUUCGGAGGUGAAAAAUCAAGGCAACUGCGGAUCUUGCUGGGCAUUCAGCGUGGUAGGCAACAUCGAGGGUUUGCAUCAGGUCAAGACGAAAAAGUUGGAGGAGUACUCCGAGCAGGAACUGCUCGACUGCGACACCGUCGACAGUGCUUGCAACGGAGGUUUCAUGGAUGACGCAUACAAGGCGAUCGAGAAGAUCGGUGGCCUGGAGCUAGAGUCCGAGUACCCGUACCUGGCCAAAAAACAAAAGACCUGCCACUUCAACAAAACCAUGGCCCACGUACGUGUCAAGGGAGCCGUCGAUCUGCCCAAGAACGAAACGGCCAUUGCGCAGUUCCUGGUGGCCAACGGCCCCGUUUCGAUCGGACUCAACGCCAACGCGAUGCAGUUCUACCGCGGAGGAAUUUCCCACCCGUGGAAGCCCCUGUGCAGCAAGAAGAAUCUGGACCAUGGCGUGCUGAUUGUCGGCUACGGCGUUAAGGAGUACCCGAUGUUCAACAAGACGCUGCCGUACUGGAUCGUCAAGAACUCGUGGGGACCAAAGUGGGGCGAGCAGGGCUACUACCGGGUGUUCCGCGGGGACAACACGUGUGGCGUCAGCGAAAUGGCCACGUCGGCGGUGCUCGAGUAGAAGCGGGAAGGUUUGGGCGUUAUUUCCACAAAUCUAUAUCUGUAUGUCUCUAUGUGUAUGUGUUUCUACCCUUGGGAGGUAAGCGAAGGGUAGAGUUAUUUUUUGUGUUACGAACGAACAAUAACCUCUAACAAAAACAAAACGAUGGCUGAGAGAUUGUGCCGAAGAGAACAAAUUCUAGAGUUAUUUAUCCACUAUUAUUAAAAACUAUACCUCUUUAAUAAAACUACACGCAGUUGAUGCAAGGUUUGUUUGGAAAUGUUGUUCCAAUCUUCAAGUAUUGCUCGAGAUUGAAACCUUUUGGUUGCAAACAAACUUUUGCAUACGCUCAACUAGCAGUUUAAAAUGCUUCCUAACAACUGUAA